AGCUGGAGCCGUGGGUGAAGCGCUGCGGCCGGGGUGGCAACAAGUGCCGGAGAAGAGCGAAGCUCGAGCCAUUCUCCCCCGCGACACCCCCCCCUCCCCGGCCCGCCCGUCGCGGGCGCCACGCAUGGAGCGUGAACGGCGGCGGUCGCCGGGCUGAGCCGCGCCGAGCGGCCGGGACGUGGAUGCGGCCGCGCUCUCCCGCCCCCCGCCCCGCCGAGCUGGAGCUGCUCCCGGACAAGAUAUGAGAAAUGAGUGUUGGACGUCGAAGAAUAAAGUUGUUGGGUAUCCUGAUGAUGGUAAAUGUCUUCAUUUAUUUGAUUGUGGAAGUCUCCAAAAAUAGUAACCCAGAGAAGAAUGCCAAGGGGGAAGUCAUAAUACCCAAAGAAAAGUUCUGGAGGAUAUCGGAGCCACCUGCGGCCUAUUGGAACAGAGAACAAGAGAAACUGAACAGGAAGUACAAUCCCAUUCUGAACAUGUUUGCCAACCAGACGGGGGAUGCAUAUGGGUUUUCUAAUACAAGCCAUCUGAAUUACUGUGAACCUGACCUGAGGGUCACAUCCAUUGUUUCAGGCUUCAGCAGUUUGCCAGACAGAUUUAAAGACUUCCUACUGUAUCUGAGAUGUCGAAAUUAUUCCCUGCUCAUCGAUCAGCCAAAUAAGUGUGCAAAGAAACCCUUCCUGUUGCUGGCGAUUAAGUCCCUCACUUCACAUUUUGCUCGAAGGCAAGCCAUUCGGGAGUCUUGGGGCCGAGAAACCAAUGUGGGAAACCACACAGUGGUGCGGGUCUUCUUGCUGGGCCAGACUCCCCCAGAGGACAACCACCCUGACCUGUCCUACAUGCUGAAAUACGAGAGCGAGAAGCACCAGGACAUUCUCCUGUGGAACUACAGAGACACUUUCUUCAACCUGUCUCUGAAGGAAGUGCUCUUUCUCAAGUGGGUGAGCACCUCCUGCCCGGAUGCAGAGUUCGUUUUCAAGGGCGAUGACGAUGUCUUUGUGAACACCCACCAUAUCCUGAAUUACUUGAAUAGCUUAUCUAAGAAGAAGGCCAAAGAUUUGUUUAUAGGUGACGUGAUCCACAAUGCUGGACCUCAUCGGAAUAAGAAACUGAAGUACUACAUCCCUGAAGUUGUUUACACUGGUGUCUACCCGCCUUACGCGGGGGGAGGUGGAUUCCUCUUCUCGGGCCCCCUGGCCUUGAGGCUGUACAAUGUCACUGACCGGGUCCUUCUCUACCCCAUUGAUGACGUUUAUACUGGAAUGUGCCUUCAGAAACUUGGCCUCGUUCCAGAGAAACAUGAUGGCUUCAAGACCUUUGAUAUAGAAGAGAAGAACAAGAAUAACAUUUGUUCCUAUCUCAAUCUGAUGUUAGUACACAGUAGAAAACCUCAGGAGAUGAUUGAUAUAUGGUCUCGAUUGCAAAAUGUUCAUUUAAAAUGUUAAAAUAGGUUACAAACUAACUUUUGCAUAGGAAGGCUUAUCUUGAAUAGUUCCCAUGUUGUAUUGCUACACACUAGGGAUAAUUUCUAUGUAAACCAUCAAAAUUGCCUUCAUAAGUAGUAUCUAUUUGCAGGCUUUUCUGUCCUCCAAUGUGGUACUUUCUGAAGAGGGAAACCAGAGCAUUCAUGUUUUCAGGGAAGUUGCAGUUGGAUAAUUGGCUAGUGGUCAUUAGUUUCUCAUUGAUCCCUUGAAUGAUCCCUUGAAUCAUCUGAACCCUUAAGUUUGUGAAUUUAGCCAUUUAAAAUUUUUUGUUUUUCUCUCAUGGUAAUGUUUCUGUUUUUCAUUAUGACAGAAUUAUCUGCAGUUUAGUUGUUUAUAAACCUAUUGGCUACAAAAACUUUUGUUAUGUACAAGUAUUGGUUUUUUUGUAAAAUGGAAUUAACAUUUAUUUUUAGAGUCUUUGGAUUCUUUUUUUGGUCUAGAAAAAUUGACUUCCUUUUAAAUGUCCUGCUGCCUCGACAGUAUUUACUUGUGUUAAUUUUAUCAGUAAAUUUUGUAAAAUUAGAAUCAUUGUGUAAUAUUUUAUCUCAUUUAUUUUGUGGUCUUCAGUCAUAAUAAGGAGCAAGUUUAACUUAUAUUUGGUUUGCUGGAUGGAGUCAUAGUUCUCCAUUUUUAGUAUUUGAAAAAAUCGGAGUAUGAUUCCAUAAUGGCCAACAAGGAUUGAAUUGAUCCUGGGAGCCAUAUUUUGUUUAUGGUUUUCCAGUAUAGCCCAGGAAAGCAAAUGUAACUUCUGAGUGAAAAGAUUAAAGUUGCAGACCUUUUCAUGAGUAACAGUCUGUCAGUUUAAAACUCCAGGAUUCUGUUCUUGCCAUAUUUUCACAUGUUGCUUAUAGAAAAUAGUUAUACUGAGUAGUGACUCUUCCCUGUCUCGGUGUAGAAGUGCCUGUGUUUUUAUUUAUUAUUCAGAUCAAAGACCAAAACAUUUUCUUAAAUAUAUUUUGUGUAAUAUUUUAUUUGUAUACAGUGUUGUUAAAAUAUUUAAUUAGAGCAUGACAUUGUAAGUGUUAAGUUGUAAUAUAUGUUUAUUAAAGCUAAUUGUUAUUUUUGAAUUUUAAAGUGUUUUUUUUUUUGAGGGUGGGUGUAAACUAGUUUAAAAUUAUGCCAAACUGCUAUAUAUAUAUUGUAAAAUGCUUUCUUGAAAUAUUUUUGUGUUUAUAGAAUUGAAGAUUCUUACCAGAUGUGACACUUGAGGAUUGUGAGAAGGUAGAAAUAAAGUCACUGUAUUUUUAAU